AAAUUCAAGAUCUUAUUGGACGAUUGCCUCUUGACCAACAAAUGGAUGCAGAAGAGUAUGUGGUAAUUGAUGACAAUGUAGCUGCUCGUGAGAUGCCAACAGAUGAGAAAUCGUUUCAAUCGUAA